GGAACUUAGCUGGAGCCGAGAGGAGAGGUCACACACCAUGGGGCUAUCUAACGACUCAAUGGAAUUUUGCCACAUUCAAUUCACUGAAAAUGUAGUUUAGUUUUGAUAAUAGAGAAGUAGAUCGGCUUUUCUGUUCUACUCAAUGUAGUGUUUGGCUCUUUUCUGUUUUUAUCUCGUCGUUCUUGAACAUCACAUAGAGAUUUUCCAGCAGGUGUUUCUAAAGGUGACACACCUCUGCAAUACAAUGAAUCCAACAUUCUCCAUGGUAAGUGUCUUAGGUUCUCACGUUGUGUUUAUUAGCAACUGUUCUGAGAAAGAGUGUACGACCUCCCACUCAAUGCUGGGGACUCUGAAGGUGUCAACAUUAACAAAGCUGAUAUGUAGGAGUCACGUUUCACUUAUUCUUCUUAUUGAACAGUUUCCCACCUAUUUAAAAACACAGAAACUGAAACGUGAGGCGUGGUUUUGUACAAGAUUUCAGGGGGAAAUCAUGAAAGACGUAGUGAGAUGUAGAGAUAGUGAGCAAAUGUUUUUUAAUUUUUUACCACGUUUGCUUUUUGACAUUUACUGAUAAUGGAAAAUAUUGUUAGGUCAAAUAGAAAAUGGUAUAAUCUAGACUAAGUAAAAUAAUCCUAAUUUUAUGAUUUAUCAGGUGAAAGAGAAUAUCAAAAUCAAAACAUAAUUUUCAGAGCAUGUUUUCAAUCCACCUACCCAACACAGUGAACAGGCUCUGAACAGAACAUGAGAAAGAGAGAAGGUGAGUUAAAAGAAAGAAUGAGACAGAGAGAAGGUGAGUUAAAAGAAAGAAUGAGACAGAGAGAAGGUGAGUUAAAAGAAAGAAUGAGACAGAGAGAAGGUGAGUUAAAAGAAAGAAUGAGACAGAGAGAAGGUGAGUUAAAAGAAAGAAUGAGACAGAGAGAAGGUGAGUUAAAAGAAAGAAUGAGACAGAGAGAAGGUGAGUUAAAAGAAAGAGUGAGACAGAGAGAAGGUGAGUUAAAAGAAAGAGUGAGACAGAGAGAAGGUGAGUUAAAAGAAAGAGUGAGACAGAGAGAAGGUGAGUUAAAAGAAAGAGUGAGACAGAGAGAAGGUGAGUUAAAAGAAAGAAUGAGACAGAGAGAAGGUGAGUUAAAAGAAAGAAUGAGACAGAGAGAAGGUGAGUUAAAAGAAAGAAUGAGACAGAGAGAAGGUGAGUUAAAAGAAAGAAUGAGACAGAGAGAAGGUGAGUUAAAAGAAAGAAUGAGACAGAGAGAAGGUGAGUUAAAAGAAAGAAUGAGACAGAGAGAAGGUGAGUUAAAAGAAAGAGUGAGACAGAGAGAAGGUGAGUUAAAAGAAAGAGUGAGACAGAGAGAAGGUGAGUUAAAAGAAAGAAUGAGACAGAGAGAAGGUGAGUUAAAAGAAAGAAUGAGACAGAGAGAAGGUGAGUUAAAAGAAAGAAUGAGACAGAGAGAAGGUGAGUUAAAAGAAAGAAUGAGACAGAGAGAAGGUGAGUUAAAAGAAAGAGUGAGACAGAGAGAAGGUGAGUUAAAAGAAAGAAUGAGACAGAGAGAAGGUGAGUUAAAAGAAAGAGUGAGACAGAGAGAAGGUGAGUUAAAAGAAAGAGUGAGACAGAGAGAAGGUGAGUUAAAAGAAAGAGUGAGACAGAGAGAAGGUGAGUUAAAAGAAAGAAUGAGACAGAGAGAAGGUGAGUUAAAAGAAAGAGUGAGACAGAGAGAAGGUGAGUUAAAAGAAAGAGUGAGACAGAGAGAAGGAAAAGGAAACCAUCCCGGGUGCGUGCUGCGAGGCCCUCUCCUGACCUUCACCUGGGUGCCGAGGCAAAUUGCAUUAGAGAAUGACAUGUCGUUCAUCUGGGCUGUACUUGGAGGAUCAUUUAGCUCAUUUAAUGAUUCAUAAGUUUAACUCCUCUUAAUAAUUUCAUUUGGCCGCUGCGUGAUUGAAAUCGUGGCGAGUGAGCUGCGAGCUGCGUGAGCUUGGCUGUCUGUCUGUAUGUUGGAGGGAGAGCGAGAGAGAGAGAGAGAGAGAGAGAGGAGAAGAAACUCCCAGAGGAUGGUAGAUCAGUCUAUUACCAGCUUGACCUUUUCCCUCCUCUGGAUCCACCAUUAGAGGGGAAAUGUGAAAGUAAAGCAUUGAUUAACACAGUUAUCCAGCCUGGUAGGAGAAAGACAAAGGAAAAAUAUGUUCAUACAUUAGGAAAAUGUCCUGCAUUAUUAAUGUAAGGAUUUGUGUUAAGUGGAGAGCCAUGGCGUUCCUGUUUUAUAUGGGAUGUAUAGUGAGAGCUCACACUGGCAAUAGAGAGGGGAUUGAAAUAGAAGAGGACUACUGUGAUAUGUACUUUAAACCAUGGAGGGAAAGGCUUUUCAUACCAUUUGAUAAUUACAAAAGGUUUUGCAAAGUGAUGAUAGUGGCCUUGAUACCGGUGGGCUUUGACCUUCUAUGAACUCUGUGUUAUUGCAAAUGACAGCAGAAAUACUGUACAUGCAAACUCUCAGCAGUUUCCAAAGCCUUACAACAAAAAUGAAAUGAGUGAAGCUGCAUACAUGCAACUAUUGCAUAAAUAUAAUGAAUGAAACUGCAUGGUCAGGAACUUGACUUUUUGAGGUUUCACGUUUGAAUUCUACACCGACACCAUUUCUUAUAAUGGUGAAUGUAUUGUGACAUGAGCUUGGAACAAUCUGUACCACAGAGAGUUGUGUAAGAUCACCUAA